AUGAUCCUGAGCCAGAUAUCCUACCUAGACUGCAUCGCCUUCCUCGUCUUCCUCGCCCCUCAACUCCUCCUCCAAAUCGGUCCCAUUGCACUUUUACAAUGGCUAAUCCCAGCCCUACCAUCCAUAGUCUUCACAGUCAUUGCCAUACCCUACCAAUUCAUCCGCAGCCGCUACUUCACAAAGUAUGAAAACCGCGCCCCUUUUAUGCAAAAAGCAACACCAUUCCAAGAUCUGGUGAUUCGCUUUGUACGCUUCGCUUUUGCCAACAUGCCUGCCUUUCUCGGCCGCGUCUUCUUUUCCAAGCCCGUUUCCUUGCCCUUUUUGCGCUUUAGAAUGGCCAGACAUGGCAUCUUUACCGCGCCCAUUCGCUGGACCGAGAUCAAAAGGCAGAAGUUCAAGGGCCUGUGGGUUGUGCACAAUCAGCAGGAGCAACCCGAUGUCAUUGUCUACUAUUGCCAUGGCGGAGGCUUCUCCAUGGGAAGUAGUUUCUUCUACCUGGAGUUCUUACUGGCCUGGGUGGCCUUGCUGAAGAGUGCCGGGUACAGGAAUCCAGCGCUCUUUGCACUCGAGUAUACCUUGGUGCCGGAUGCAACGUACCCGACGCAACUUCGCGAGACCGUAGCCGGGUACGAGUAUGUUCUUUCGCUUGCGCCGUCGCCGGCCAAGGUGAUUGUGGGUGGGGAUUCGGCGGGUGCGACGCUAAUAUUAAGCUUCUUACUACACAUUGCAGACCAUAGUACGCUGAGGCAUCAAAAGCCAGGGCUUGCCGUCAUGAUCAGUCCGUGGGUGACGAUUGUCUCGCCAAACAACUCCAACACGGCGUCCGACUACCUCGACAAGGACUCCCUCGAGCGCUAUGGUCGCCAGUACAUUGGCUUAGGGACUCGGAAUGAUGAUGCCUAUGUAUCCCCAGGACUCUGCAAAGAGGCCAAAAGGUGGCGUGAAGCAAGCCCCGAGAGAGGCUGGUACUUCCUCUAUGGCGGCGAAGAAGUCCUGGGACCCGAAAUUCGAAGUCUGGUUGGCUUGCUGAACAAGACGGGUGCGGCCGUGGAGCAGUGGGAGGACAAGGGUGGUAUUCACGCAUGGCCUGUUGCGAGUCUGUAUCUUGGUGAAACGAGAGAGGAGCGACUUGGUGGCUUAAAAAGGAUCGUGGAAGUUAUAUGUGAUCGUAUAUAA